GAGCAAGCAGAUUAGUAUGAAGUUUAGUUUCAAUAAAAUAUUUUAAACGUUAAAAUAAUGAUUUUAAAAUAUUUAUUGUAUUUUACCUUACUCGUUUGUUCUAAAUCAACCAAACUUUUUCUUAGUGAAAUUGGUUUGGCAUCAGCAAAAGUUGAAUAUAUUGCUUUUCCUGGUAGUUUGGAUAAUAUUAAAGUGAAUAUUAUCUCAUCCACCAAGACUGUGGUUCACAGCCAUCAGCCUGACCCUCCCCCUACUGCCGGUAUAGCUAAUUCGGUAAUAGACUUUACUGACUUUCCAUCAAGUGAUCAAUUUCUAAUUGUUCUGUAUCAAGAACAAGCACCAAAUACUGACACUACGUAUGCCAACUACAUAAAAGAAGAUAUAAUAGAUGCUGUUGUUUUAUCACCUAUUCAGAAUGAAUAGUGAUCCUCAUUUCUCCCAAAAGGUCAUUGAUUCCAGAACUAAGAGAAUUGUUACGACAUUGUAGGCAGAAGUGGUCAAUCAAUUUAUAUUUUGAAUGAUAAUUCAACUAAUACAAGUGUUCAAGGCGUCCUUAAAGACGAUUAUUACAUGCAUCAGAUUAUUAUUCAAUAUAAAGGUGGAGUGAUCAUUGUUGAUAACUCAUUCAUUCAAAUCAAUGACAAAAAAUUGAAAUGGUUCAAUUUGGUUGAAUACAAAGUUCACUUAGCCAAUAUUCAUGUUAAGUCAACUGAAGAAAUUCAUAUUGAAACAUUUUAUAAAAAAUUCAAAUUAGUUACAAUUGUCAAAAAAGAAUUUAAAGCAUACAGUGGCACAUUUCUCAAUGUUUACUUUGAACAUAUUAAUAUAUUUUAUGAAAACCUUGGAGGAUUAUUUGGAGAUAUUGGAAAAAAGACAUUCAUUUUCAAUGAAAAUAUUCAAGUGAACUCAAAUAAUGUUAAAGUUGAUAAUAUUGAAAUUGAAUCAACUAUUACAAGAAG